AUGGAGGUGAAGAAAUGUGAAAGAGGAGAGGAAGAGAUCCUGGGCAUGUUAGCAGCGAGUAUCACUCCGAGAGGAGAGGUGGAAGAGAUGCUGAUUGCGAUCUCCCCACGAAAAGACUGUCGACUCAAAAUAUCGAUGCCUCCUCCAACGGAUAAAAAGAAAGGAGGGUCGUUCAGUGCCGUGAUAUGGAAGUUACCCGAAUGGACGAUCGUGGCGGCCGAAUCGAGAUAUGUUCACGAUCUGACUGUGAAUGAAGCUGAGUAUAAUGGCUUGCUACUGUGCUUUGAGUUACUCGCCGGUCUGGAUAGGGGGCGAGUAAUACUGUGUGGAGAUUCCAGUCUGGUGAUUCGACAGAUGCGCGGUGAGAUCGACUGCAAGGCACCGGGCCUUCAGCUUCUGAGACACAAAGCGUUGGAGAAGCUGCAGUCAUGGCCUAGUCACGAGUUUCUGCAUAUGAAGCGAGAGUGGAAUCAGAGCGCAGAUCGACUAGCCAGCACAGCAUUGCAGAGCGAAAAGGGAAGAACGGUUGUAGCUGAAGAGGAUCGGCAAGAUCUGAUGACUCUGAACCGUCUCGAUGAAUUGUUGAAGCCCAAGCAAGAUGGUCAGCUAGCUCGGGUAACUGCGAUCGCGAGAUCAGCCAGGAGGAUACGUCAUGAACCUGAAGUGAUACAGGAGGAGAUAGUACAGAGGAUCAGGAUUCAACGAAUUGUCCAAGCUCAAGAUGAAGAGCGUUGGAUUGUCAAUCUCAAGACAUAUCUAAGUGGCGAUGUAUCAAACUUGGAUGCGGUAGAAGUGAAGAUGUGCGCCAAACUGGCGCCGGAAUACGAGAUCGAUGAGAACAAUCUGCUAUUUUUUUGCCCCAUGGCGAAAAGAGAGUCGGAAGAUCGCGAUGGUUUGAUGCGGUUGGUGAUCCCUGAGACGUUGCAGCAGGAUUUUUGCAUCACUAUCACACGAGUCUGGAAGGAGGCCAUCAGGGUAUUGGCCGAACCUAUCAGAGGAUCAGAUCGCGAUUUCAUUGGAGAGGACUGUAUCGGAGCGUUCAACGAUAUGUGGGCGAAUGUACCGACUGUGAGACCGGGAAAGGAAACCCGAUGA